AAUAAAAAUAGCUUAAAAUGAUUUUGUCCUAUAAAUUGUACCAUAAAAUGUAAACGUACAAGAGAUAGAUAAGAUUUAUCUAUAAAUAAACCUUCAAUUAUUAAACUGUACCAUAUAAUUAAACGUUUAAAGUUUAAACAGUCUAAUAGGUACAGCAGUACAAAAUAAAAUAUUGAAAUGGCAUCAGUGUCUUUAGCACAUAUUCCAAAAAUUACUCAAAUAUCAAAAAAAAUUAUUCGAAUACUAGGAUGUAAUCCAGGGCCGAUGACUUUACAAGGAACGAAUACGUAUUUAAUUGGUACUGGAAAGAAACGAAUUUUGAUUGAUUCGGGUUCUCCAGACUUUCCAGAAUAUAUAACAAAUUUAAAAAGUGAAAUAACAAAAGAAAAUUUAGAAAUUUCUGAUAUUAUAAUUACUCAUUGGCAUUCCGACCAUAUUGGAGGUGUUAAAGAUAUUCUAAAACACGUUUCGAAAUCAGAUUGUUCAAUUUGGAAAUAUCCUAGAUCAGAUGAAGAAUCAUCGUAUGAUUUUAAAGUAAAAUGGUUAGAGAAUAAUCAACAAUUUCUAGUGGAUGAUAAUACUUUAAAAAUUAUUCAUACUCCCGGUCAUACAACAGAUCACAUUGUUGUUCAUUUACUCGAAGAUAAUGCUAUUUUUAGUGGUGAUUGUGUUCUUGGAGAGGGAACUGCAGUAUUUGAAGAUUUACACGAUUAUAUGCUGUCCUUAAAUUUAAUACUUAAUUUAAAGCCAAGCAUUAUUUAUCCAGCUCAUGGCAGUGUCGUCAACGAUCCAGUUAAAAAACUUGAGUUUUAUAUUCAACAUCGAAACGAACGUGAAAAACAAAUAUUAGAAUGUCUCAAUAAAGAUAAAUCAAAAAUUUUCACUGAAAUGGAUAUUGUAGAGCAAAUUUACACAUCAACUCCGAAACAUUUAUGGCCAGCAGCUGCCGUUAAUGUAUCACAUCAUUUAACAAAAUUGGAGAAGGAAAAUAAAGUGAAGUGUGUACAAAGUUUAGGUUUUAAAUCAAAUUUAUAACAAAUGUUUAAUAAAAAAAUUG